AUGGCUAUCGAUAAUCCAAAAGUACACGAGGAUGACGAUGACGACAGUGCCAUGUAUGAAGGCAAGAAUAUACACACAUCACCGACAGAUGGUAAAUUAUUAUGUAGUUAUUCGCAAAAGUUAUGCAAGCAACGAAGAUUGAAUGGUUUCGCUUUCUGUAUUCGUCAUGUUUUGGAAGAUAAAAGUUGCCCCUUUAAGCAAUGUUCUUAUAUGGCUAAGUAUAAUGGUCAACAAUGUACCAAUCCUAUACCCGAGAAUGAAGAUAGAAUAUAUUGCAAUAGCCAUUUACAAGUAUUAGGAGUAAAGCCCAAGAAAUCUAGGAAAAGAAAAGGUGAUGAAGUAUUAUCAGAGUCAGAAUCGGAAUCGCUAUCAUCAGUGGAAAUAAAGCCACAGUAUAAAAACGUCAAGACGAAAUUGAAAAAAUCAGAUGCGAAAGCAGAAAAGCAUCGCAAACAUCGUCGUCAUCGGUCGCCGCAGCAUCAUCAUCGUAAAAAUGAAAAAGGAAUAAAGCAUGAAAAAGCAAUAAAGCAUGGGAAAGGAUUAAAAGCAGAAAAGAAGAAAAAGCUGAAAGGGUUACCGAAAUCUACAAUUAAGGAAUCAAAAAAGAAAUUAAAGACGAAAUCCGAGAAAAAUGUUUUGGUACGACGUCCUGUUGUACAAAAUGUAAAAAAGAAGAAAGUAAAGGCGAAGAAACGAAUUGCCAUUAAUGUCAAGUACCCUAGUGUCAAAGCAAUGCGAGAAAUGAGGCGAAAUCAAAAGAAAUUUAUGCGUAAUAUCCUGUUAUCAGUCGACAAUGAAUACUUGUCUUCCUCUGGCACUGACGAACCUGAUGCUGGAGAUAUUGAAUACAAUCGUUAUUGGCAAAAGUCUUGCUUAGAUCCUUAUUGGGAUACGGAUGACGCAAGUGCAAAUGAUAGCCAAUUAGAUUAUGAAAGUAUCCGUACUAGAAGAAAAACUUGUUUACGUGAUAAGCUAAGGCGAGAAGUCUACCAGAUCGCUCGAUUCACUAGCCAAAAUACUAGGCAGUCUAAAGCCUUGGAUCGCUACCUAAAGUUCUUGUUGAAAACAACUAAACAAAGUCCAUAUUUAGCUGCCAGAAUAUUAUGCGAAAAGGACCAUGCAAAAAGGCUUACUAAGCGUCAAUCAGUUAUCAUCACCUGUUGUUACAUUGAUGAUGAAGAAACUAGAUGUUCAAAGAAUGCAUUACCAUAUUCAAAAUAUUGUGAUCUGCGUAUCUUUUCAGCAAUUGUAAUAAGCGGUAGCAGUAACAAUAAAAUUGAUUUAUUAACCAUUUUAUCUACUAUGCAAUUGCAAAUCGGUCUACACAUAGAUAUUUCAUACGAUAAAGAGCAGGUCCUUUUUGCCUCGUGUACUGCAAAAUUCCCUGGUGGUAUUUCUUGCGCCAAGACUACUCUCGAUUUUUUAAAUGAUAAACCGUUAUGUGAAGAACAUUCAAAAAAGAAGAUAUUGAAUAAUGGUCCAAGAUCAGCAAUGAACCAAGAUGCCAGAGGUAUCAAACGAAAAUUGAAAGUAAAAGAGCAAUCGAAGAAGUCAUCGAAAAUGUCUAAUAAACUUGCUAAAAAAUCGGCUAAAUUAUCCUCGGAAAGAGAAUCCCCCCCUUACAUGCUGUCCCGACUGUCUGAUAGUGGAAGUGAUUUGAUUUCACAGAGAACUCCUACACCUCAUUCUUUUAAUCGUUUAUCGCCUGUUUUACCCGAAUUUUUAUCCAACAUGAACAUACCUGGAGAGUUUCAUUCUCUGGAUACAGAUAUGCUUUUCGAUAUAGCUAGCGAUAUCGCUAGUGGGAAAAAUGGUGAAAUAGAUGAUGUAACUGCUGAAGAGGUGGCUGCUGUAUUAGCUGAAGUUGCUAUGGAAGGUAAUAAUAAUAAUAAUAGUGGAGCUCGUAUCUUACCUCCUGAUGUUGAAACGCCAACUGAUCGUGAAGAUAGUGGCAGUGAAGAUGAUAUGACUUCUGUCGGUACAUCACCUCAAAUUGCAGAUCCAUCGCCAUUGCAUAAUACUCAAUAUAAUAUAACGCAUCCACCAAGAAAUUUGUCUCCAGAAAUCACGUCCAGUUCUGUAAUGAAAUUAGGGGCGAUAGACCCGUUGAUGUCUGAGACAAUUCGACCUCACCAUGGAAUAUGGUCAAAUACGAUCGCUAGUGCUCGUGGUAAGGAUGUAUCGCCCAACUUUAUUCGUGGAUCAUCUGUAUCGCCUGGAAAUGUAGUCCAUAGUGGAUUAAAUCAGACUUUUUCGUUUGAAAGCUCUGUUAUACAACAGUCACCGAAUUUAAAUGACAAUGAUAAUACAUCAGUUUGCGAUAUAACACCAUCUGCAUUUGCUCCUCCUCAUCAAAUGUUUAAAUCGACCAAUUUUACUUCCGAUAAUUAUUCAAAGAAUACCUUAAACCCAAAGCAUCGACAACAUUCAUAUACGUCACCCAACACUAAAAAUAAUAGAUCAUAG